AUGAAACCUUCAAUCUUUCUAUGGCUAUGUACCCUCAAAAUUUCCCUUCUGUUCAUUAGUUUGUCAGUGAAACCUGUCUCAUCUGUUAUAGACUCUUACUCUGAUCAUUGUUUAACGACUGUCCCUGAACCAGUCCCCAACUCUGAACCUCUUGAUUACGAAUUCGGUCCAUUUGGUCCAUCCCAUUCUGGUUUUUACUAUUAUGGAAAUUUGAGAGUUGUAAGUACAAAUAUAACAAGGUAUACAAAUUCAUUUUCGUUUUACACCACUGAGGUGAGCCAAACCGAUAAAGAUGGUGUGCUUAUGAUCGAAGGAAGCUUCGAGCUCCAAAAUCCUUUUGUUUUACACAGCUUCUUAUACCGAGUUGGACCAUCAAACGGUUCAGUUCCCACACCUCACACGCCGCCUGUGGUCGCCGAUUUUACAAAUCCGUUCAUUUUGAAGCUGCACGGUUUCUGGUCCAAAUCUUCGGGGGAACUUUGUAUGGUUGGAACAGGUUCUUCAUACUUCAAAGAUGGUAAUCUGCUUACACCUGCAGCUGUUCUUAAGCUUCAUAAUAUCAAGAAUUCAAGUAAUAUUACUACUUUGAUUACUGGCACUUUGAAGAGUUUGAGUCCUAUCAAUGAUAACAAUUACUUUGAGCCAAUCUCCUUAAUGACGGUUCCACAAUUGAAUUACAACUUCACCUUUGCGUCUGGAGAUUCCGGUGACGAAUUUUCCAGUGAAAGUGAUCUCGAAGAGAAUUUAUCUAUGUACAAUAUACUGCGAGGAAGAUCCUUUUGUUCAAAGUUCUCAAACCUUGCAAUUAAAGAUGUAUUUAAUUUGCAGUAUACAGGCUGCAGAUCCAACAAGAAGUGCCUCCCUGUUGGUGGGGUGGUUCAAAAUUUGCCUGGUUCUAUAUCUUUUGGUGUCAUUAAUUGUACUGAUGUUGGAAAGAGAGUUUGGAUUUUCCUAAAGUUCGAUGAUCAUACCAAGCUUUCAAGGCUUGACCUGCGUUUCAAUCCCAACACAACAUUGAUUGGAGAAGGAAUGUGGGAUGACAAGAAGAAUCGGUUGCAUGUUCUGCUUUGUCGGUUUCUCGGCACAGCAAACUCUUGGUCUAAUGCUCAUGUUGGAGAUUGCACAACAAGGUUGAGCUUGAGGUACCCUGCAAUCUUGUCAAUUAAAGAGACCAGUACCAUAAUGGGGAAAAUUUGGACUAACAAAACUGUGCAUGAUUCAGGUUACUUUGAAAAAAUCGUGUUUCGAAGUACUGAGUUUCUCAUUGAGGGUCUUUAUAGUUUGAAGUAUGAAUACACUGAACUUGACAGGGUAAGAAAUGAAUGCCCGGAAAGGAAGCUAGACAGAAACAGGAGACAAAGAUACCCUAGACCCUAUUCUUCCGAGAUGAAGUUCGACAUGUCUGUUAGAAGUUCCGAAGGAAGGACUGCUAGGGGUUCUGCCGAUACUCUCACUGUCAAUAAUCAGUUUUCCAAGCAGGCCGGCAUAGCACUUAUGGUUAUCCGUGAUGAUGACUUUGAAAGGCCUACAAGGUGGGAACCUCAAGGCCGAGCCAAUAUUAGCUAUAAGAUAGAUAUCAAAUGGCGCACUUCUCAGAAGUUAGCUAAUAAAAAUUAUAUAUCUGUUGUACCUGAUGAAAAAAUGGAGAUUACUGCUGAAGGGGUUUAUGAUGCUGACACCGGAGGCUUGUGUAUGAUUGGUUGCAGAAAGUUUGCAUUGACUGAUCGAGUACCUGGAAAUACUUCUAUAGACUGUGAGAUUCUUCUGAACUUUCAACUUGCUCCUUUAAAAGGGUUUGAGAAUGGAGGGUAUAUAAGGGGAAGAAUCGAAAGCACACGGGACAAAUCUGAUGAUCUUUACUUUGAUCCUCUAGAUGUGUCUUCAGUUGCUUACAGCAGGGAACAAGCUAGGCAUACUAUUUGGGCAAUGGAUCUUGAGAUUGUGAUGGUUGUAAUAUCUCAAACACUUAUAUGUCUAUUUCUGAGAUCUCAGGUCUAUCAUGCGAAAAGGCAUCCUAAAACACUCCCUUUUACUUCACUGGUUAUGUUUGUGAUCCUUACCAUGGGCCAGCUGAUUCCUCUGGUGCUUAACUAUGAAGCCUUGUUCUAUCGGAAACGUGAUCAGGAUACCAUGUUGUUUCAAACCGGUGGAUGGCUCGAAGUGAAUGAGGUAAUCAUAAGGAUAACUUCAAUGGUAGCAUUCUUGUUGCAAUUCCGUAUUCUCCAACGAGCAUUUUCGAGUAGAUCAAAUGAUGGAAACGGAAAAGGCCUAUGGUUUGCUGAGAAAAUGACCUUGCUUGUCAUACUAUCACUGUAUGGUUCUGGUGCAUUAAUUGUCCUGCUUGUCGAUAAGGGGAACUAUAAACGCGAGAUCGUGUUGCUUCCCACUCGUCCGGUCGACUACUGGCAGCGUUCAACUUUGGAUGACCUGAAAUCCUUUGCAGGUUUAAUCUCAGAUGGUUUCCUUCUUCCCCAGAUACUGUUCAAUAUGUUCUCAAACUCUAGAGAAUAUGUACUUAGCCCCUUGUUCUAUAUCGGUACCAGUCUGGUUCGGUUGCUGCCACAUGCAUACGAUCUUUAUUGUGACCACACCUAUGUUGAAUACAAGGGAACAUUCAUUUAUGUGAAGCCUGCUGAGGAAUUUUUCUCUACUGCUUGGGAUGUGAUUAUACCUAUUGGUGUUUUGCUAUUUGCUGCAACCAUUUACUUGCAACAGCAAUUUGGUGGUUGCUGCAUUGUUCCAAAGAGAUUUAGAUGGCGCGAAAGCUAUGAAGAAAUCCCAGUGGUGGGUCAAUCAUGA